UUGAAGAGGAUGCGCAACUCACUCCAGUUCUACGCCUUGGAGCUGGCGCGUGUGCUGGAAUUAUUGCCAUGUCAGCUACUUAUCCAAUGGAUAUGGUACGAGGUCGUCUAACAGUCCAGACUGAGAAGUCACCUCGCCAGUAUAGAGGAAUCUUUCAUGCUCUUUCAACAGUAUUAAGGGAAGAAGGACCCCGUGCUUUGUACAAAGGCUGGUUACCAUCUGUAAUAGGAGUUGUACCCUAUGUGGGUCUUAACUUUGCGGUUUACGAAUCUCUGAAAGAUUGGUUGAUCAAAAGCAAACCAUUUGGGCUGGUUGAGGACUCUGAAUUAGGUGUCACAACAAGGCUUGCAUGUGGGGCUGCUGCUGGAACUGUAGGCCAAACAGUUGCUUAUCCUCUUGAUGUCAUUCGGCGUAGGCUGCAGAUGGUGGGCUGGAAAGAUGCUGCCUCAGUUGUCACCGGUGAUGGGAAGAGUAAGGUCCGUGUUGAAUAUACUGGUAUGGUUGACGCAUUCAGGAAAACAGUUCGGUAUGAAGGUUUUGGAGCAUUAUACAAGGGUUUGGUUCCAAAUUCAGUGAAGGUGGUUCCAUCGAUAGCAAUUGCAUUCGUCACAUACGAGUUGGUAAAGGAUGUACUCGGAGUUGAGUUAAGGAUAUCUGACUGAAGGAACUUCCAAGAGUUUGGUCAAUUGUGUUCACAUUCACUUUUAGCUUUUUUUAUAUUUCUUCCUCACUUAUAGCCGUCGUGUUCGUUUGCCUUAGGUUUACAGUUUUCGUAUUCGUAUGUGCUUUUGCCAAUAAGUAU